GUCAGUUCCGAAGUGGCCGUAUAUCCAGGUCAAAUUGUCAUCGUCGAUCCCGGCACGGAAUUCGCUUUUGCUCCAGGCAUUGGAUUCACUGUCCAGGAAAAAGGCAAACUCUACCUUAACGGUACAGCAGACCGUCCGAUUCGGCUGUUUGGUGAGUCGACGUGGCGAGGAUUAGUGGUGGCACUCAUAGUUACUGACCACGCGAUAAUAAUCAGUAGCAUCGAGAUCGGGUUGUGGAUAGAUUCUGAAAAAGUGCAGGUGGAAAAUGCUAGAAUCGUGGAUUCAGUGGUACACGGUGUCGAAAUAACAGCAAACGCGCCGUCAGACGUUGACCUUGGCAACUCCGUCAUUGAGCGACCAAAAGGCUCAGGAAUUGGUGUUGAUGAGAGGAAAGGAUCCAUAGCCAUAAGAAAUGUUGCAAUCCGAGACGGCUGGGGUUCCGGUAUAGAUUUCAUAUCACCAGCUGAAGACAUUCGAAUCGAGAACGUUUCAGUGACGAAUGGCUCAUCCUAUUCGAUUCACAUUGUCGAAUUCCCUCUGCUGCCACUGAAAUCGGUUUUACUCCAAAACGUGAGCGUCACCGAUCAGAACCGUGGCCACGCUGGUGAGAUCAAUCAAAAAAUGUAUCGUAGAAAUGUGCUCUUGGAAAUUUCGGAAUGUCCGUUACUGAAAGUGGAGCUUGGAGUUUUCCCCUGA